CCAAUUGGAGCGAUAACAAGAUUGCAAUAAUAAUAUUUUGAAAGGAAAAAAAAAAUUGAAAAGCACAAUAUGUCCUUAAAUUUUCGAUAUCAUAUAUUAAAGAGCGUCAAACCAUACACCAUAUACAUUCCACAAUUAAAUAAAUCAGCGCUUCGAGUCUUAAUACAAGUCUCUGUGCAUUACAUUGAGACAAAAAAAUCAUCAGCCGACGUUUUAGCACUUGCAAUUAACAAACUGAAAAAUGCAGGCCACGAAGUACCUAAGAAUUUUUGCGAAUUAUUUACAAUGGUGCUGCUGAUUAUGCAAAUAUAUUUGCGAUACCCAAAAGGUGUGGUCAAGGACCAGGAGCUGCGUCAGUGCUUAACUGAGGAUUUGUGCUUCACAGAUGCGUGCGCUGAGGAUUUAACCAAGGUGCUGCUCAAUCACCGCGCCACGCUUAGCAGAAAUUUUGCGGAAACCAAAAUGGAAAGAGCAAAAAUGCUGGACAUGCAAUGGCGCAUCAACAUUUCCCUGGGCUCAACAGACAAGGGCAAAUGGGAAUUAAUAAGCGCCGCCGGCAAAGUUUCUAAUGAACGCAACGUACCCGAGCACAUACAGAAGCCGCCGUACUAUUAUAAAGAUAUGCCGGCAGGCAAUACAUUAGGAACUCCUGAAAUCAAAAAUGAGGAGCAGUUAAAUCAUAUGCGUUCCAGCGGCAAGCUGGCAGCACAGAUUCUCCGGGAGUGCGGCAAAAUGGCAAAAAUUGGAAUAACUACGGAUGAGAUUGAUGACUUUGCGCACCAGCGUAUCAUUUCAGAAAACGCCUAUCCAUCUCCACUUCGAUAUGUUGGAUUCCCGAAAUCAUUGUGCACGUCUAUUAACAAUGUUGCCUGCCAUGGUAUACCGGACGACCGACCCUUAGCCGACGGUGAUAUAAUAAACAUUGAUGUGACCGUCUACCAAAAUGGUUGUCAUGGCGAUUGCUCGGAGACUUUUCUUGUUGGUGACGUCGAUGAGCGUGGACGCUUUCUAGUGGAUUCAACACGCGAUUGCCUAGACAAGUGUAUAGCUCUCUGUGGUCCGGGUGUGCCAUUUAAUGAAAUCGGCAAAUACAUACAGAGAUAUUGCCAAGAGCGUGACCUGGAAUCCGUGGCAGCAUUUAUUGGCCAUGGUAUUGGUAGCUACUUUCACGGUCCACCCGAAAUUUAUCAUUACGCCAAUGAGGCGCCGGGCCGUAUGCAAGCGGGCAUGACUUUUACCAUCGAACCAAUUUUGUCUCUUGGUUGCGGCGAUAUUGGCCUGUUGGAGGACGGCUGGACGGCAGUUAGUUUAGACAAUUCGCGUAGCGCACAAUUUGAGCAUACGAUAUUGAUCACAGAAACUGGCGUUGAGGUGCUAACAAAUGCUGUCUAAAGGAACAACGUUUACAUAAAUAGUGAAUUUUUAUUUGAAGGUGUGUACUAAGGCAUAGUUGACAUAGAAUUCUGAAUAAACACGUAUGCCGGCGGCUUGCAUGAAAA